AUGUUUCCCACUCUCCGUCUCGCCCAGGCCGCUCGCGUCACGCUCUUCACUCGCGCCGGCUGCGGCCUCUGCGACACCGCCAAACACACUGUGACGCAGCUGCACAAGCGUCGCCCCUUCGACUAUACCGAGACGGAUAUUCAGCUGCCGGAAAACAAACAGUGGAAGGAUGUCUACGACUACGACGUGCCGGUGCUGCACGUGCAGUCCGUCAAGGGACCGCAGACCACCGACCUGUCCGAUCCGAAGAAGCUGUUCCACCGGUGGACGGAGCAGGAGGUGGAGAAUCUAGUGAACGAAGCUGAGAAGAGCUCUCAGUAA